AUGAGCCUGGGCGAGACUGGCAACUUUUUGUCCUACGGCUUUGCGCCUGCCUCGCUCGUUUCUCCGUUGGGCGCUGUCUCACUGCUCUCCAAUGUGAUCAUCGCGCCGGCACUUCUUCAUGAGCCCAUGACACACUCUGACUUGCUUGGCAUUGCGCUCGCCAUCCUUGGCGCUGUGGCUGUGGUCAGCAGCAUCGGUCCCUCUGGCAGUGAGCCGAUGGAUCCGCCCGCGCUCUGGUCGGCGUUAGCGUGUCCCACGUUUGUGGUCUAUGCGCUCUUGAUGCUUGCGUUGGGCAUUGGUCUUAUGAUGGCCUGCCACACGUCGAUCGGACGUCGCUCGAUUCUCGUGCAUGUGGGCGUGUGUGGCGUAUUUGGCGGGUUCACUGUCCUUGCGACGAAGGGCGUCUCGUCGUUUGUCGUGCAUGCCCACGAUGCUCGGAUUCUACACGAGCCGCUAUUCUAUGUCUUGCUGGCCGUCCUUGUGUCUACGGCUCUUUUACAACUCGCGUACUUAAAUGGCGCGCUGCAGCGCUUUGAUUCGCGUCAUGUCAUACCAACGCAAUUUGUCCUUUUUACGGUCUCCACGAUUGUUGGCUCCUCAAUUUUGUACCACGACUUUGCCAAGCUGCGAUGGCCCGCCAUUACCGGCUUUUCAUUAGGAUGCACAUGCACGUUUAUCGGCGUGUUUGUGCUUACCUGGGACUUUGGUUCUCGGCCUACGGAAAGUCCCGUCCCUACAACGCCUCACAUUGUUGUAGAGGAGCCCAGCACGUCUCCAUCGCCAGCGCAGUUGGGCGAGCCGAUGCCUGUGCCUGAGAUUCCACGGCGUCGUUCCAUGGCCGAUCUCAUGGAACGAUCACGCUCUUCGCUCGUCGACGUAGCCCAUGUGCUUGUCGGCACGUCGGCACGCUCGAUCACGGAGCCGGCGCAGCCCACCAAACCGACUCAUCGUCGCACUCGCUCUCGUCCAGACUUACAUCCUCACGUUCUCAACGAGGCUUUGGGCUAUACACGCGAUUCGGAUGUCCUGCACGAUGCGCAGCCGACGUUCCUUGGUCUUAGCCCUGGCCGCAAUCUGCUCAUUCGUCGGAAAGAUUUAGCCAACUGA